AUGAAACCUGCUCUCUUCGGGGCUGUCCUCCUCCUGACCAUCACGACCAUGACUGAAUCGUCGAUCCGACAGAGGGUCAGCUCGAGCGCUCAGGUCAAGAAGCAGAGCCAACCGCCCAGCCAGGCGGUCAAGCAGAGUCUGCAGGGGCAGAAAAACGGGAAGGAUCCGGGUGAACAGGCAGAGCGAGCAGAGAACAAGGUCCUCAUGACUCUGCUCGAAGUUCGAAAGAGGUUUCAAGCCAAGACAGCCGCGGCAAACGCAACGAGCGCUGAUGGUGUACCCGCCCGACCCGAAGUUUCCGUCAAGACUGCACAGCCAGCCACCGCCCACCAACCUGAUGAAGACGACAAUGGAGCCAUGAACUGGGAGAAGGAAGACUGUGUCGUCUGCAGUGAGGGCCUGCAGAGCAAGGUGAUCGGUAAGAUAGACUGCAACAGCAGCCACAUCUUCUGCUUCGACUGCAUCUUCAAAUGGGGCGCCACCUGCGAGAACUCCUGCCCCCUCUGCAAGCAGGAGUUCGCCAACAUCGACAAGCUGAUCAUCGCGCCUGAGGAGUCGACAGCUGGACGACGGUUGGGGUCCGGGUUGAGCGCCGAGGAACAAGGAGGCGCCUUCUUUCAUAUCCUGGGGUCGAGGUGGAAGCGGAUCAGUAGCGUCACGAUAGAGAAGCGCAAGCAGCGAGUCGAGGACGAGGACAGGGGGUUGGAGGAAGGAGGGUGUCAGUUGUGCGGAGCCGGAGGAACGCUGAUCAUGUGCGAUGACUGCGACCAGGCAUUCUGCCUGGGAUGUGCGAAUCUCACGCAAGAUACGGUCAGGGAGCGUGACGACUGCGGUGUUGUUGCUGACGUUGGAUUCAAGAUUCCUCCCGAGCAAGUCCCCUGGUUCUGCCAGGAGUGCGAGAUGGCUUCCAACGAGGAGACGGGAGGCGGUCGAAGGACGAGAAGCAUGAGCGAAGCAGCGAUCAGGAGAUCUGCAAGGCGACUGGGAAGGAACUACGGGAGAGGGAGACGGAAUUCUCUGGGAGGGUUUGUCGUGGACGACGGUUUCAACGACAUCGAGGAUCAGGAGUGGAUUCCCGAUCAGGAGGAGGCUGAGGCCUCAGCCGAACGCCACCAGGGGAACGCAGGACGAGUCAGAGUGGCAGCAGCUCUUGACGGAGCUGGACGAGAUUGA